GACAAAACCUGUCAGUCAGUAUAAUUUUUGUGAAUUUGAUGUUGGUUUUUUUUUGGUCUGUGUGUGUACAUUUGUAAUAUCGAAUUUCGGAAAUGUUAUCUAAAGUAAAGAGAUUACUGUUGGAAACUAAAUUCAAAACAGUCAAUUAAUGAUUACAGUGUAAACAAGUUCAUAAAUAGUAUGUAGUUUACUGUUGUUAUUUAAAAGAUUAUUUUACUUUUAUUCGGUUUCAAGUAGAAAGUUUUGCGGUAUCUUAAAAAACAAUUUUUUGUCGUUGGCGUAGAAAAGAGAACAGACCAAGCAUGCCGAAUAUUGCAAAAUGAAAACAAAUUUGUCUUCGUCAAAUAUUCCAGCAUAUGAAAAACAGUCGAGCAAUAACGGUGAAAACAAAUCUGUUAGCCCAUCUUCCAGUCCUAAAAGCAGCCCUAGGCCUUCACCCAAACCUCAAACCAAAAGAGAUCAUUCUAAAUCUGAUACUCAUUUAAGUGUCAAUUAUAAACAACAAACUUCUUCACAUGAUGGAUCACCUUCAAGUCAAGAUAGUUCUUCAAGAGAACGUAUAAGUAUCACCAACAGUACCAAUAAUAUUGAAAUCAGUUCACCACAAGACAUUAAAUCGGAUCCUAGUAAAGACAAAGAUAGGAGAGAAGGAAGAAGCAAAAAAAAAUCUUCCUGGUUCAAUUCUCUCUACCCUACAUAUAAGUCUAGAUCUGAAGAUUUUAAAAAAUUAUUCAAAGAAGUACCCGAUGAUGAACGACUAGUUGUAGAUUACUCUUGCGCAUUGCAAAAGGAAAUCUUACAACAGGGCCGUCUGUACGUAACGCAAAACUACCUCUGUUUUUACGCAAACAUUUUCGGCUGGGAAACGAACUUAACUUUAAGAUGGAAGGACGUCGCUUCUAUAACGAAAGAAAAGACCGCCUUGGUGAUACCGAACGCGAUUUUGAUCAGCACCAAGGGCGACAAGUACUUUUUUACGAGUUUUGUGUCGAGAGAGAAGACUUAUUUAAUGUUGUUUCGUGUAUGGCAAAACGCACUCAUGGAUCAACCUAUGUCAGCUCAAGAAAUGUGGCAAUGGGUUCACCAAUGCUAUGGCAGUGAAUUAGGAUUAACUAGCGACGACGAAGAUUAUAUACAACCUGUUCUCGAGGACGACAAAUUAUCUGCCCGACUAUCAGUAGAAUCAUUCUCUGAACACGAGUGUCAAGGACAGAUAGACAUCAUGGAGCAAUCGCCCAAUAUGAUGGAUACAGACGAAAUUAAAUUACCAAGUACUAUUGGACACAAAAGGACAGGUUCGGAUUCUCGAAAUCCCACAGAUGCGACUGAUAAUUCCGAAUCUGAAGCCGAAAAACCCAUCAAAAAAAAUUUUUCAUUUUCUUUCCUGAAGGAAGCUUUCACGAAAGAUACCCCUCCUAAUACACCGCCUACCCCCGAUUCUGACGGCCCUCACCCAAAUUUGGAUAAUUUCAAACCUGACGAAAAAAUCCAAUGCAUAUGCCACCACGUUGGCAGAAAAGUUUUGGAUGAAAUUUUUCCUAUUCACGUGGAUCAACUCUUCACCUUACUGUUUACCAGUUCCAAAUUUUACUUGGACUUCCAAGCUGCCAGGAAGACGACGGAUCUUACUCAGACGCCUUGGACUCACAAUCCCAUAGAUAAUAGUAAAAGUAGAGUAGUCAAUUUAACAGUAUCUUUAUUAGCCACCAUGGGGCCCAAGAGUGCGCAGUGUACGGAGUCACAAACGAUGAACCCUUGUAGUAAAGCGGGACAACUAUAUUCUAUAGAUGUAGAAUCUUUAAAUGCUGGAGUACCUUACGCAGAUAGUUUCUAUGUGUGUGUUCAUUACUGUCUGCAAAAAGUUUCAGAGACACAUAGUUCGCUUUUAAUGUUUGUACAAGUUAAAUAUAAGAAGUCCGUUUGGGGUUUAGUUAAAGGUAUGAUUGAAAGAAACUGUUAUGCGGGUUUAGAAGAUUAUGCAGCGCAUUUAACAAGAGCUCUGCGUGCAGAGGGUGGUGACGACAGUAUUCCAGAAUCAAAGAAAAGGACUAGGGGCAGAAAAAGAAGAAUCCACAAUAAUCCUCACGCUAGUGAAGAAGGUUCACCAAUUAAAUGUAAGAAUACCGAAGGUAUUUUUAGCAAUGAAGUGUGUACCAUUAUAGUAUUUUCUGUGUUAUUAUUAUUACUUGUUCUAAAUGUGAUGUUGUAUUACAAAUUAUGGUCUUUAGAAGAAGCACCUUCGUAUAACAUUCUGGACUUGCAUUUAUUAAAACAUCCUCCACAAUCGCACGAGGAGUGGAUUCAAUUAUUGCAGCAACAAGAGGCUUUGCAUACAGUAGAAGCACAGAAGUGGCAAAAAUUAUUGAGAAAUUCCAUUCAAUUAUUGAGACAAACGCAUGCAUAUAGCAUGUUUCCCUAGAUGAGGCUGAUUUGUAGUUUAUUGAAAAAUUGGAAAUUUUCUGUCACUGGGUUUGGAUUCGAAAUCUUAUCAAUAAUAAUUUGGAUGUCGGGAAUUUAUGCCCCGAUGGCUGAAUGGUUAAUGCAGUGUGAGUAGG